AUGGCGGCGCAACUGCAAAAACACGUGCAUCCAAUCGUCUUCCUACGAUAUAACGCAGACACAGCAGCAGUCAUGCCUCAGUCCUCUUCAUCUCCUUUCCACUGGAACUUCUAUCAGAUACUAGGCCACCGUGCCCCCGCCGAUGAACUUAACGAGGAUGAUAUCAUAACAACGAUCCAGUUCGAGAAGGGUGGUGAUUAUCUAGCCAUUGGAGAUCAUGGAGGGCGUAUUGUUAUAUUUGAAAGAGAUGAUAGAAAGUUUAACCUAUCUCGGGAGGAUCCACCAUGUCAAGACGUUGUUUCCGAUGAAGAGAUUGCAGAUACAGGCACCACUUUCCAUGCAAAAUGCCAAAAGGUGUAUGCUCAAGAUCAAAGCUUUAAUAUUAACUCCAUUUCAAAUAAUAGUGAUGCUGAGACAUUUAUCUCAGCAGAUGAAUUUAGAAUCAAUUUGUGGAAUCUGGAGGUCAGUGAUCGGAAUUUCAAUAUCAUCGACAUGAAGCCGUCGAACAUGGAGGACGAUUUUGAGAUAAUAACGUCAGCUGAAUUCCAUCCAGUACACUGCAACCUACUAACAUAUGGCAGCUCAAAGGGUCUUAUUCGUAUAUCUGACUUGAGACAAGCAGCAAGAUGUGACCGUAGUGUCAGAUUAUUUCUUGAUCAAUCACUCUUGCGCUUGAAAUUCCCUUUUGAGGAAAUGGCUGCAUGCAUCUCUGAUGUAAAAUUUCUGGUUGAUGGCAUUGGUGGGCAACAGCUUAUAAGUCGUGAUUACUUGAGUAUGAAGCUCUGGGAUAUGCGCAUGGAUUCUCGUCCAGUUGCAACAUUCAGAAUUCAUGAGCACCUGCGCCCCAGACUAGCCGAGUUAUUCAAUAAGGACCACAUAUUCGAUCAAUUUGACUGCUGCUUUAGUAGAGACGGACUUAGUUUUGCAACUGGUUCUUACGGUAACCGCUUGAAGAUAUUCUCCAUCGGGAAUGGAAGUGUGGAAGACAUCAAACUGGAUAUAAUUGGAAAUAUUGACAGCUAUAGGAUGCCUCUUCUACCUAGUGGGACGGUUAGAAGGUCGCCCAUAAUAGGCAACAUAAAACGUGGGUUUGACCAAGGUUGUGGCAGAGGUAAUGACUUAGAUGAUGGUAACUUAAGCUCCAAGCUAUUGCAUGUAGCUUGGCAUCCAACAUACAAUUUAGUAGCUGGUGCUGCUCAAAGUAGCUUGAUAUUGGUUUUGAACGUGCCCUUCUUCUUGACGACUGAAUUUGUUUCUGCGGAUUUGGCUUUCCCUUCAACGAGAGCUUUCAUGGCUAUGUACCUAACCAUGAAGCUCGACGACGUUGCAAAAAGGGCUGCGUCCUUUUGGUCUCAGCCACUGGACCCCAGAAAUAAGAAAGGAAAAUGGGACUUGGGCUCAGCGACCACUGAAAAUGACCCGGAAAGUGAACAAGUAUAUUCCAAUAUACUUAGACAAUGCUUCUUCCAUAAAAAAAUUACCGAGUACCCACAAAGUCACGCGAUUUAG